CACAACAAAAAUAGGUACCUAAUUCUUAGAAGUCUGGAUCUCAUUUCAAGAGUUUUCCAGAUCAUAUACAACAAGUGAGAUUUUAUAGAAACAAAUUGCUAUUCGUCCUGUUGUUUAACAUGCAUCUUCUAAUAGCUCGCUAUAAAGAUGAGACAAUGAUACGAUUGAGUAAUGAACUCCUAUACUUGUAAGCAUUUUAAAUAACCAACUCAAACAAACCAGAUAAUCAUAAUAGAUUGUGCCAUGAUAUAUCUCAAACGAUAAGACAAGAGCAGGUACACUUUAUCGGCAUUAACAAAAACAAAUUUAUAUCGUUAAACAUUGUAAUUUCCUUUUGAAAAAUGUGUCAAGAAGUUCCAUAUUGAGUUUCGUCAAGAUGAGGGAAAUAAUUCAAAUUCAAGCAGGGCAGUGUGGAAACCAGAUUGGAUGUAAGUUUUGGGAGACAAUAGCCCAAGAGCAUGGUAUAGACUCAGAAGGAUUCUACUAUGGAGAUAACUCUCAACAGCUGGAAAGACUAGAGGUCUACUUCAACGAAGGCCUUCACGAAAAUUAUGUACCCCGUGCUGUCCUUGUCGAUUUAGAGCCCGGAACCAUGGCAGCUGCCAGAAGUGGACCCUAUGGUAGGCUCUUCAAGCCUGACAAUUUCAUUUUUGGACUCAACGGAGCUGGAAAUAAUUGGGCCAAAGGCCAUUACACCGAAGGUGCAGAAAUUUCGGAAAAUGUUCUGGAUGUCGUUAGAAAAGAAGCUGAGUCCUGCGAUUGUUUGCAGGGUUUCCAACUGACUCAUUCCUUAGGUGGAGGGACAGGUUCAGGUUUCGGUACCCUCCUAUGUAGCAAGCUGCAGGAAGAAUAUCCUGAUAGGAUCAUCUCUACGUUCAGUGUGGUUCCUUCACCCAAAGUCUCUGAAGUAGUCCUGGAACCUUACAACGCUGUAUUAUCGGCACAUCAACUGGUUGAUAGUAGUGAUUUAACUCAAUGUAUAGACAACGAGGCUUUGUACGAUAUCUGUUUUAGAACGUUGAGAAAAACCAAUCCAACAUACAGCGACUUGAAUCAUUUGAUUUCUUUAACAAUGUCUGGAAUAACUACCUGCUUCAGGUUUCCUGGUCAAUUGAACGCUGACUUGAGGAAGCUAGCGGUCAACAUGGUACCUUUUCCAUCUCUCCAUUUCUUUGUACCAGGGUUUGCACCCUUGUGCUCACCGUCUCAAAUGGCUUUCAGAUCGCUUUCAGUAAGAGACAUAACAAAACAAAUGUUCGAUCCUAAUACUAUGAUGGCAGCAUGUAACCCAAUGCACGGAAGGUAUUUAACCGUAGCUACAAUUUAUAGAGGUAUUGUAUCAACUAACGAAGUGGAGCAAGUAAUUAAUAACACACAGCUGAGAAAUUCUUCUUUCUUUGUCGAUUGGAUACCUCACAACAUAAAAGUUGCUGUAUGUGAUGUUCCAUCUCCCCACUCUAAACUUUCAGGAACACUUAUUGCAAAUACGACGGCAGUUCAAGAGAUCUUUAGGAGAAUUCAUGAACAGUUUGCUGCAAUGCUCAGAAGGAAGGCUUUCCUUCAUUGGUACUUAGGAGAAGGAAUGGAUGAAAUGGAGUUCAGUGAAGCUGAAAGUCAUUUGAUUGACCUUAUUUCAGAAUACGAGCAGUAUCAGGAUGUGGACAGUGAAGAAUAUGAAGAUGACGAGACUGAAGAGAUAUAGAAUUUAUUGACAUUAACUGAAUCAGGAAAUACAUUAGAAGGCAUGGAAUAACAAAUAAAUGUGACAUUUAUCAAUGGAAACUAUGGUCUCUUACAACAGGUGCACUACACUGGGGACAACAAUAAUAUUUAAAAGGAAAUAAUGUAUUUAAAUUACACUAAAUAUUUUGUUACAAGUGUAUGGUUUGCCAUAAGUUAUUAAAUAUAUAUUCUGAUUUAUUCAUAUUAAA